GCGCAGCAACACACCAUGCAAGGCCAUACCCUCGCCGUGUAUUCUGUUUCCUUCUCUCCGGAUGGCUCGCAAAUCGCCUCGGGCUCCGGGGACGACACCAUCCGAAUUUGGAAAGCGGAGACCGGAAAGGAAAUCCUGAGGCCGUUGAUGGGGCACACGAACUACGUCACCUCUGUCGCAUUUUCCCCAAACGGAAAGUGUCUUGCCUCGGGCUCGGUUGACAGAACCGUCCGACUGUGGGACGUGGAGACAGGGCAGCAGAUCGGGCAGCCGCUCGAAGGGCAUACGAACUGGGUUUCCUGUGUCGCAUUCUCACCCGACGGCAACCGCAUCGUCUCGUGCUCACGCGACAGGAUGCUCCGACUCUGGGACGCGCAGACGGGACAGGCCAUCAGCGAGCCUUUACGGGGUCACUCUGCAUGGGUUCUGAGCGUCGCAUUUUCACCGGAUGGGAAGCACAUCGCCUCUGGAUCCUACGACACCACGAUUCGACUCUGGGACGCCGAGACAGGCCAGCCAGUCGGGGACACGCUGCGAGGCCACGAUAGCUACGUUUAUUCAGUUGCAUAUUCCCUCGAUGGCGCGCGCAUCGUCUCGGGCUCCUACGACAUGACGAUCCGGAUCUGGGACGCUCAGACAAGACAGACGGUGUUGUGGCCAUUGCAUGGGCACGAAAAAGGCGUCAUCUCCGUGGCAUGCUCGCCGGAUGGCCAGUACAUCGUCUCCGGCUCCGAAGACGGCAGGAUCCGGAUAUGGGACGCACAGACGGGACAGACUGUG